AUGGAAAGAAUGGAGGAAUUGUUCGAUUGUCCUCCAUCUUGCUUCUCUACAGGUGAUAACAACAGUGUUGUCAUAGGCUUUAUGGAUGGAUUAGUUCAAAUGGUCAAAUAUGAUAUGGCUAAAAAGAAGCUACAGACCCAAUGGAAAUUCAAAACGAAAGCAGCUGUGCGUGGAAUGGUGUACAGCGGAGAUCAUUCGGAAAUUUUCGCCAUCACCAGUAACAAAGGAAUAUCCUGCUUCGAUGUCGAAACAGGAAAGAGGAAACGAUGCAUAAUGCGUGGACAUGAUGAUAAGCCGACUUCAAUUUGCCUUUUACAGCCUGUCAGCAAACAACAGCAGUUUGCCACCGGAGAUGAAUCUGGCGAGGUGCGCACAUGGGAUUUUCGUGCUGUUAAUCCGAAGAUAUGCUCGUGGAAAGAGCAGGAUGGAGAUGUUAAUGCGCUUGAGGUGGAUAGUCGUCACAAUUUGCUUUCCGCAUCGUCGGAUGGUACACUUGCUGCGUACGAGGUGCGGAAGCGAAAACUUCGAAUGAAGAGUGAGACCAUGCAUUCAGAGCUGGUCUGUUUAUGUGUCACUGAAAAGUACGUGUACGCUGGCGGUCGUGACGGUCAUCUAGAAGUUUUCGUUCAUGGUGACUAUGGCAACAUUUUGGAACGAAUAGAAACAGGCUUCGAAAUGGGUGUAGAUGACGUAGUUGAACUGAGAAAGGGGCUUCUUCUCACUUGUAGUGGCUGUUCGGAUAAAUUAAAACUGAUCAAUGUUAUGCCUACAAAAAAACUUGGUUCAGCUGGUACCCACGGAGAUGAAGACGGAAUAGAUCAGUUAAUGGUUACCCCGGAUAGAUCGACCCUCGUUUCGAUGUCCACAUUUGCCAAUUCGAUUAAAUUCUGGCCACUUGAUGGGAUACUGAAACAGAUACCUGUGCUCCGUGUAGUGGAUAUAAAGAAACGAAAAUCUAUUGUAAAAGAAGGGUUCUUCGAUGAUAUUAUGGACAAAAAGAAGAAGAGAAGAGCCGAUGACACUAGCGGGAUGAAUGGCUUUAAGGAAGACGAUGAUGAGGACGACGAGGAAGAAGAUAAUGAGGAUGAGGAGGACGAUGACGAGGAUGAAGAAGAGGAUGAUGAGGAAGAAGAAGAUGAUGAUGAUGAUUAG